AUGCUUCUGACCAUCGUCAUCAUCGGGUCCCUCGGGCUGUUCGGCGGUCGCCUAGCUGCCCUCGUCUCGAUGAUGACAGAGCCAAUCUCCACUCCGCUCCAGGGCUUUGUCGAGUGGAUGGCUGAGACCCCCAGCUUCGUCCCCGCAUGCCCCAGCUUCAAUCCCCGGUGGCCCAGCUCCAUCUCGGAGGGGCUCAGCUUGAUCCCCAUACUGCUGUGCGCCAUCCAGAGGCUUUCUAGGUCCCUGUUCGUCGCUCUCGUCACCGCCCUCCUUACUUCGGUGGUAGUUGACUUCCUCAUCCUGCUGACCUGGCGGCCCCUCCUCAGGCCAGUCAUCCAGGUCGGGCUGCGCGCUUAUCCCCAAAUCCGGCGCGCCAGCAAGGAAGUCGGCCGCGGCGUGCUCUUCGCCUCACUCUCCGCCGUCCUCGCGUUCCUGGUUGUCCUUUUCAACCUCGGGCGUGACCAGGAGAAGCUCGACGCCCCCUGUCCCCUGGCUGCUGCUGCCGACGCCGACGCCGAGGAAAGGCGCAGCGAGACCGAGGACAACUCCCCUUGUUGCCGCACAACGGGUUGCUGCGAGAGUGGCAGCUGUAUAGUUGUUCACGGGCUUCGUCAUCGCGCGCCGUGCAGGAGCUUGAGCUCCAGCUCCACGUCCAGCGUCACCGCCAGCACCAGCCCCCAGAUGACGCCUUUCUCGUCGAGAUCAUCUUUGGCCGACGAGGAGGAGUCUGCUACGAUAGAGGACCCCACGCAGGACUCCUCCAGCUGGGAGUACUGCCUGGAGCAGUCCAGCGAGUCGUGGGGCUCAGAUGAGAGUCUUGCAAUUGGGGGCGCUGAGAAACCUGGGUUGGACGCAGGGUGCUCAGAAGAGGAGGGGAUGUACAAGGGGGAGACUUAG